AUGGGCCAUCCCUUGCAGCAGCAGCACUCUAGUUUCUACGGCGGCGGGGCCCGCUCCCACUACCAUCCGGACCCACACCUGAUGUGCUUGAAGCUGGGGAAGAGGCACUACUUCGAGGAUCAUGCUCGAGCUCAUGCUCAUGCCCUGGAUGAUCGACACGUGGCGGGGCUUCCGGUGGGCGUGAUGAGCAAGAGAGGCAGAGGAGGAGCGGCUGCAGCAGCGGCGCAGCAACUGUAUGGGAGCGGGCCUACCCUGGCGUUGAAGGUGGUGCCGCGGUGUCAGGUGGAGGGGUGCCACGUGCCGCUGAUGAACGCGAAGGAGUAUCACCGGAGGCACAAGGUGUGCGAGAUGCACUCCAAGGCUUCCAAGGUCACGGUGUUGGGCCAAGAGCAGCGCUUCUGUCAGCAGUGCAGCAGGUCACUUCCUUUCAUUUCUUCUUUAUUUUUGUGCUGA